AAACAGGGGCCCUCAUAGGAAAGGGAGUGAGAAGGUGCUGUCAGCAUUUGAGGUAUCGGGAAGUUUGGUACUUAUAACCAAUAGCUUUCUACUCCAAGGGAACAAAAAAAGAGUUACAUUCCCGACUUUGUGUCUGGCUUUCUCCACAUGUGGGGCUCCUGUGGUUGAUUCUUCACCAAGCCCUUCAUUUUUUUUCUCGUCCAACAUGGCGGAUGACCUUAAAUUAGAUCUUUCUGUGCCGUUUGGCUGUUCGGAAGAAGCUUUGAUCGCGUGUAGGUCGCUUUCUGUGGAUCCUGAACCGAAACGAGGAUGUGUCAAGAAGGAGAUAUCUGUCGCUGGUAACAUCCUCAAUGUAUCCUUGACUGCUAAAGAAGCAAGAACUCUUAGGGUAUCAGCUAACUCCUUCAUGGAUCAUUUGAUUCUUGUUACAAAGACUAUCCAGGAGUUUGGUCCACCUUUGGAAGAUACCAAAUCCAGCUAAUCACAAGAAAGAACUACCACCAAAGCAAGUGUACCUAAAUAUAACUACCUAAAGGCUAUCACACGUCUUUUAUCAUACACUUAGAACUGCCACUGGGCUUUGUACUAUCUAUAGGACACUUGCGGACCCAGUACUUGGAUAGAGGGGUGAGUCAGGUGAAGUGCAGAUAGUACAGUCAAUAAAGCUAUUAUAAGUGCCUGUCACAAGGUAAAAGAAAAGUAGUAAUGACUUCAGGUGGCUGGUUACAAGAAUGGGCUCUUCUAGUCAACAAUUCCCUCUGGUUGCUUAUUCAUACUCUGCAGCCUAAAGUUAGUGUUCUACCUGUUGUUGAAAUGGUUUGCAAAGUCAUACAGCGGAAUCCUGGCUUAGGACAACCACUGAAUGAUGACGCCUCAUUUUUCAAGUCCCAAUGACAUUAAAUACAUUUUCUUUAAAUGUUUACCCCUUAAUAAGGAAUUUCGUUAUGGAGGAUGGUAUUGUAGGUUCCUGAAGGUGCCCUAACACGGUUUUACUGUAGCUCGUGCAUUACCAUUAAAGAGAUGUCAGUUCACUUGUUAUAUAAAUCACACUCAAACAAAAUACACAAACGUUACCAGCUGGUCUUUCAAAAAAAAAAAAUGGUUGUGGUCACCUAUGGUGUACUUAUUUACAAGAAGAGCAAUUUAUUAUAGAGCUAGAACAACAGCUAAAAUAGAGUUCACGAAUGGAUUUUAUGCACCAGUAGCUCAAACAAUGGCUUGAUGGAGACAAACACUUCUUGGCACCAGUACUGUGUGUUUUUGUCUCAUUUUUUAUAUGUGUUUUGAUAGAUAGAAAGCAUAGUUUCUCAUUUUUUUCAUUGCACAAAUCUUUAGCGCAAAAAUAACAAGUUUACUACCCAUCAAAUAAUUUUCAUCAGUUUCAUUAGUACCAAGUGUACGUGUUAUUUAAAGCACUUUAGAAAUAAUUUAUUGGUUUGCCUUUGAGCAUUUCCUAAACUUGUCUGUUUGCAUGACGUCACAAGACGAUGACGUCUAAACAAUGGGCCGAGUUUUCUUGUUUCUCUGAUAAGACAAAAUCCUAAUCAUUCGAACAGUUCCCACAUACGAGAACUUUAAUUUUUAUCGCUAUUUAAUUUCAUUAUUGAGUGAUAAUUUUAAAUUUCAUCCCAGAAAGGGACAUAAAUAUGUUUCUGAAUGUUGUUCUGUUGCAACAUAAUUAUAUUAUCCUUUAUGAUCUGUUAGCUGUCAGUCAGAAGCAAGUUCAGCCAAUCAAUGUACAUAUCAAAACAUAUCUAAUCCAUUUCUACGCUGACGCGUUUUGGUGAACGUUUACGUAUUCUCGUUUAGUACAGGCACGUUUUGGAGCGGUGUGGGUGUGGCUUAAUAAGGUAAUCGACAGACGUGGGCCGGAGUAAGGUUCCCAAAAAUAUUUUGAUUUCAAGAGGCUUUCUCUUUUGUCUUACCGCUGUUAUAUAACCACGGGUAAUUAUCAUGUGGCAAAUACUAUUGGUGAGUAAGAGCGCUGGUGGACAUUUUCUGAUGCACCAGUAUGUGUUCUUGUACCCUCUUUAUUCAUCCACACAUAUGAUAAUUAAAAUGGUAAAAGGCAUUCAAAUCACACACUGACUUUGGAUGGAAAUUCGCAUUUUCAAACAUGAUCUUUAAAUUCUUAUUUCAUCUCUCUAAUGUUCAAAUAUACUUGACUUAAUAAUAAUUGACAAUAAUAAUAAUUGACUCAAAAGAAGAUCUACAAACUUAUAUUGCUCUAAACUUAAAAAUUGAGAUUCUAGGGAAGAAAGUUUGAAAGGUUGGACUGGUGCACCUGCGUGGCGGGUGAGGUAAAGGUUCAUCUUGUCAAAAGCUUGGCCCGAGUGUUGAUUGGAUUGGACAAAAUACAAAAAAGAAAGCGUGAUUUGAGACCACGUGCAAAUUGACCUUAAAUAGUAUUUAGGCUUACUUAAGAAAAUGUACAUCAAUAAAUGAAAGGAAUGGGCAGCAGCUUAAAAAAAAAACAUAUCUAUAAAACUAAUAAAUUCAAACAAAGCGUUAGUACAAUGUGUCCAGCAACGCGUAAAAAUGGAGUCGCAUCACAACUCUGCACGCCCGAAUAGUGCGAAACAACACAAGGCUUUAGAAAAAAAACGCAAUGAAGCGUCUUAUUCAAAUCUACGAAAACUUGAUCAAAAGCUGAAAAAGGCAUCCACAAAAAUGUAGAGAGUAGAGUGUCGAAGUGAGCAAAAAGAUGGAAAAAUCGCCGUCCAACCGCGAUAAAAUGCGGGAGAUGUUGGAGUACUCCAGCAGCAAUGACGAUUUCAGGGAAUCUGAGGAUGAGUGGUCUCCGCUGCAUUCCAGCCCCGAACAAAAACGCAAGGAGAAGACUCAAAGAAAAAUGCAGAAUAUGUCUAAAUACGGCUGUUCGUUCUUCUUCCUCGGUGCCACACUGACUGCACCUUUAGCGCUUACAAUCUGCGCCGCAGAAGAUAUCUUGUCGGGCACGGUCUACGCGACUGGCUGGGUGCUAGUCGCAGCGGCAGCGCAAUCUUGCCUUAUGAAGAUCACAUUCCUUUGCUCGUCGUGUCUAACAAACCUCUCCCUCGUCACUAAGACGUUAGGGAUGUUCAUAUUUAUGAUAACGGGACUGUUAUUCUUGGCUUUCUCCGUGACAAGACUUGAUAUUCGCCUUAUAGGAGUGUGCUUUAUAUCCGCUGCGACAGGACUGGGGGAGAUGACGCUGCUGGUUUACGCUGCCACCAAGUUUCAAGAAGUCGCUCUGAGUGCGUACAUUGCUGGUACAGCUACAGGAGGCGUGCUAAGUGUUCUACCUUAUGUCGGAAUGACCAGCUGGAGCUCCAUAAACCCUCGCACCGCCGCAUUAGUACCAGUUUUCUGGCCGUCUCUACACUUGCUCAUCUUUGCCGUGAUGAAAACUAAGAAACUCACUGCCGAACUUAAAGGAGACUCACGCAUUCGCCAGGAAAUCUAUCAGUACGAAUCACAGGAAAUCUGGGUCCCGUUUUAUCAGGAACGCCUCAUGCAAAUGUGGAAAUCCCUACAUGAUUUUAUAAUGCUGUUCCUUGUCUACUUCGCAGUCUACCUCUCCCUCUGUGGCGUCCUCACGACAAAAGUGUUCUCUCAAGCCAAGGACUUUGGGCCCAGGGAGGACUUUCAGCACUACGUUCUGAGCACCAUACUUGGAGAGUUCCUCGGAAGGUCCUUCUUGUCCCUCCUACGUUCCAAGACCCCAGGGGUUAACUACAAGCUUCCGUCAGUGUUCGGAAUCAUUGCUGUGUUCUUGGCCGUAUUGUUUAUCCUCUCCGUAUGGUUCUCUUGGAUUUCAAGGAUCUGGGUUAUGUUCGUUGUAUGUUUCAUGCAAGGGGUGUGUUCUGGGAUCCAAGCGUCUAACUCCUACCAUGCCAUCGCUAACCGUACCCUUGCGGAGCAUGCGCAGUUUAUCCUGACCAUCGCAGGCCUAGCGGAGUCGCUCGGGAUGAUGACCGCUGGACUGAUUGGCCUACACACCGAGCCCGCAAUGCGCGAACACUGCCUGGAAUCUCAGUAUUAUGCUAAUCAAAGUUUUUGCAUGACACGCAUCAAAGAUGCGAAGUUCUGGGGCUUGGGGCAAGAAGGCCAAUUCCGAUGAACAUUAAGGCAAUGAUACUCGCAAUCGUAUAUCGAACUUUUGAUAUUUAAGUAAUAGAUUAAAAUCAAAUAUAUUAAUAAGCAGAUUUUGAACUCUUAGUAGCUCGUCAUCAGUUUAUGGGAAUAGAGAUGUAAAGAUGAUAUAAUGUAAAGAUGUCAUCAUAAACUUAUCAAAAUAGUGAUAUGUAAAGAUGUUUAUAAAUAGACUUACAAGCUCAUAAAAGUGUGUACCGAACUGUAAAGGAAAAUCAGAAUGCCUGAUCACGAGCCGCCAUACUUUACCCUACUCUUUAUGCUCCUGACUUCAAAUAUGGACAAUAUUGACAGACAAAUCUUGUUUUUCAGAUGAUGAAAAAUUGAACCUAUGUAUCAUUAGAAUUGGAAUGAGAUAAUAAAGAAAUUAUUAUUCUUUUA